ACCGCUUUUCGUAGUCUACAUAUCGCCAUUAUCUCAACAUUACACAUCGUAAUUCAUGGUUCGUUCUGGACGUAAUGGGGCCGACAACAGUGAGGGAUAUGACCGUUCAAUACCGAAGGUGUUGACAGAAUUCAUGGAAAGUUGAUAAGAUGUCCAAUCUUUUCCGAUUUCGACUGGCAGCUGGUGUGACGUUUGUAUGUUUGACUUCUCUUGUCUGGCUGACUCUAUAUUCACGAAACUCCAAUCAUGGAUCAGAAUUCCUCAGGUUAAUCCAGCAUUUAGUAGUCAACGAUUACUUUCCUGAAAAUCACCAGGUAAUCAACAUGAGUACUCGAAAUCCAGCAAUGUUUAACUACACCUUGAAUGGCGAUGGGGUUACAUUACGACACGUACAGAUAAAGCCACAGAGAACUUCUCUGUCACCACACACCAGAGCAGACGCCUCGAAGAAACUGUCGUUUUGUUCAUGUAAAACUGGAAAUGGAUGGGAUUUUAAAUGUACAGUGCAAUGUCCAGAUCCAGUUGAUAUAUUCAAAACUGAUCUUCGAUCCAAGUUACGAAUCACAUGCGAUGCGCAUGUGUCAACGGAAGUGAGUGCUAAUGCUUCAGUGCCUAUGUUCAACUUUACCGAUAAAUGUUUGAGAGACGAACUCGAUAAUCAAUGUUUAGACGGCAAAACCGUACCCAAUAUUGUGCAUUACAUUUUCUUCGGUUUAUAUAAACUUUCAUUUUUUCACUUUCUCAGUAUUUGGAGUAUUCAUAUCAUACAAAAGCCAUGUGCUAUUCUGAUCCAUGUUGAUAAACAGUUAUCUGGUCGAUUUUGGGGCUACAUCAUCAGGGUCAUACCUAAUAUAGUUGAAGUACGAAGAGCGCCUCCUAGUCACAUCUUUGGGAUUCCGAUACAUUUGGUUGAACACAAAGCAGAUGUUGCCAGGCUGGAGGCGGUCAGAGAUUUUGGGGGAAUUUACAUGGAUACGGACGAAAUAUUACUCCGAUCUCUGGAACCACUCAGGAAAUAUGCGUUCACGCUGAGUCAUGCGUAUGAUUUCAACCUAAGUAACGGAUUGAUCAUGUCAUCCAAAAAUGCAUCGUUCGUGAAUCUGUGGUACAAGGAGUACAAAACGUACAAUGGUAACUUGUGGGGUCAUCACUCUACCAUUGUCCCAUAUAAACUUUCACAAAAGUAUCCUCAUCUUAUUCAUGUUGAGAACAAGACUUUUGUUAACCCAGACUUCGAUCAUGUAGAUAUGAUAUUCAAGGAAAAUUUUAACUGGAGUAAUAACUAUGCUAUUCAUUUGUUUAUCAGAAAAUACAGUUUGGAGCAUAACUUUACCGAUAUACGUCACCUUAAUACUACAUUGGGUGCCGUGUCUAGACAUGUCUUAUACGGCUGUAAAGAACUCUGCUCGGAUUAGCCAUAAUCUGAUGUGCGAAUGAUCUUUUUGAGGAUGUUUGAUAUUGUGUUAUUUUUUGAACAGGUACCAAAAUAUGUAAUAUGGCAUCAUACAUGUAUUCAUGACUUGAUUUGGUAUUGUUUAAUGCCCCAUCGACAAAUUCAGUCAUUUGAAUACGGGUUGUGUGCGAGAUGCAUGCGUGCGGUGAGUGUGUUUGCUUGGGUUCGUAAUUGUCUCCUUGUGAUAGGGUGAAACUGCUGCUUAAUUUAUAGUGCUAGCUCUCUGAAGCAUACUGCCGAAGACAUCCCAUAGGACAAAUUAGCUGGUCACAUUAUACUGAUGAAGGACUAACCAGUCGUCCUACACCCAAACAUGCUGAGCGCUAAGCAGGAGCAUAAACUACCAUUUUUACAGACUCUGGCAUGUCUCGGCAAGAGGACAGAACCCAAAGCCUUCUUCACAGGGGCGAACGCUCAACUAAAGGCCAGAAGUAAGGCAUUGUCAAGGGUAACAUGACGAAGAAUAAAGAUGAUAGAAAGAAGGGAAAAUGAAAUAUAACCCAAAUAUGUUUGCCUCUUACUAUCUGGCAAUGGUGGACAGCAGGUAAAAUUCCUAUGUCCUACCUGCAGGACAGCCCAGCUAGAUGAUUCUUGAAUCUCUUUUCACCUGAAACCUUAAAAAACAUUUGCGUAUUUACUUAAUUGAAAAUAUGCAAAAUUAUUGAAAUUAUGAUGAAUGAAAUAUUUCUGAAAAAUAAUCAAAUAUAGAUCGUCCAUAAUGUUUUGAUGCUCUAGUAAGAAUAUAAUAUUUGUAAUUCUAUAGAAUUGGUCCAUCAAUUAUUAAGGGGAGUGAACUGUUUAAACAAUGCCAACACAUGUUGCGUUACAGAUGAUGGAUAACUCUGAUAUAACUGGUAUAGAUAUGAGCAAUUUAGUAAAUCCAUUUGUGAAAGAUACAUCAUGUACACUCUCAAAUGAUCUUAAUGUAUUGAAACCCGUUUUAGUUACUCAUUUUUCAAAAUGAUACUUGAACCAAUCAGGAUAUUAUCAAAAAUGACAAAGUAACACAGUAUUUCAAAAAACAAGUGCCUUAGAGCUGUAAAACAAAGCAAACGUGUCGAAGAAAAUAGAAUGAAGUUCAGUUAAAGUCACAAGAUCUACGCUAUUCACGUGAAAAUAGUACGUUCAGUUUUCAGGGAAGCGACUCUCAAAUUAAAUAAAUGCAUUGUAAAAAUA